AUGGUGAAGUCUUAUAAUCGUUAUGAUGAAGAGAAGUGUUUUGGAGUCAUUACUUCGCACUCAAAUAUCAUUUGGCUUCCUCCUAGCGACUCCCAGUCAUCUACAUCUGUGGGAAGAGCAUUGACAUCGGGGUUGGAAGAAAUUCUUAUUUGGGACAUCAAAACUGGGGAGUUGCUACAGCGGUUGAAUGACGGACUCACUCCAGGUGCCUCUAAUGCCAGUACUACUACCGCUCCUAGUCCGGUUUCGCAUUUGGCUUACCAUAAAGACACAAAUUUGAUCGCAGCUGGCUACUCCGAUGGGAAAAUUAAGAUUUGGGAUGCAAGCUCUCAAUCUGUACUAAUGACAUUCGAGGGGCACAAGUCGAGCGUGUCAGUGCUAAAAUUUGAUGCGAGCGGAACCAGACUAGUCAGUGGAUCAAACGAUACAAGCAUCAUCAUGUGGGAUCUUGUGGGUGAACUGGGGUUAUUCAAAUUGAAGGGACACAAGGGUCCCAUCACUGGAAUCGAGUUUUUGUCUGUAUCUACUCUGGAUCUUGACAUUGACAGGUUGGACGACUAUUUGCUUACAAGCUCAAAAGAUGGGUUGAUUAAAUUGUGGGAGUUGAAAAGUCAACAAUGCAUUGAAACUCACUUGGCACAUAGUAGUGAGUGUUGGUCUAUGGGGGUAAACAAAAGCAACGACACGAUUGUGACAACAGGAAACAAAGACCAAGUAAAAGUUUGGGGUAUAGAUCUCAGUCGCGAGGAUGGAGAGAAAGUUUACGAAAGGGGUAUGUUUGAAAAGGCAAGUAAAGCAAGAGGUAAUGAGUUGCAUUUCAAAACCAUCAAGCACGAAGGUACUCAGAUUGAGUUGUUUUUAGUGCAGAAUGCCGACAGAAGUUUGGAAAUCUUCCGUAUUAGGUCUGAGGACGAGAUGAAGAAAGGGAUCACAAAGAGGAUGAAGAGAUUGAAAGACAAGGGAUUGGGUGAUGAGGAGAUUAUGGAAUCGAUUCAAAGUUCCGAAAUUAGCAUGCUUAUAACUCCAUUCACAACAGUAAGGUCACAAUCAAAGAUUAGCUCUUGUUGUUGGACUAGUAGCCGAAAGAAGUUGCACAUCUUGUCAGCAUUGAGCAAUAACAGUAUUGAAUACACCCACAUUCCGACUCCAGAGAACCUAAGAAAAGCUCAACCUACUGAUAUACACGCAGUGAAGGAGCACACAAUAGAUAGAUUGGGCCAUAGGUUUGACAUUCGUGCUAUGGAUAUUUCCCCUGAAGAUGAUAAAUUACUAGCUACGGCUUCCAACGGAGAGCUCAAAGUGUGGAAUACAAGAUCUUACAAUGUUAUCCGUUCUUUCACAUUGGAGAGUGGCUAUGCACUUUGCUGUAAAUUUCUACCAGGAGGGUCUUUGGUAGUUGUUGGGUUUAAAAAUGGUGAUUUAGAGUUGUACGAUUUAGCCACGUCAUCACUUGUGGAUCGUGUUGAAAAAGCUCACCAGGUGAUAGGUGCAGCGGGCGAUGACAAUAGUGCAGCAAUAUGGUCAUUGGAUUUGACAUCGGAUGGCAAGACUUUGGUGACUGGUGGAAACGACAAGUGCGUCAAAUUUUGGAAUUUCAAAGUUGAACAGGACAUUGUUCCUGGAACCAAUACCUUGAUUUCGCAACUCAAGUUUGUGCAUACCCAAACGCUAGACUUGAAUGAAGAUGUAUUGUGUGUUAGGGUCUCGCCCGACGACAAGUAUCUUGCGGUUUCCCUAUUGAACAACAAUGUCCAAGUUGUAUUUUUAGAUUCAUUAAAGUUGUUUCUAACAUUGUAUGGACACAAAUUGCCGGUGUUAUCAAUUGACAUAUCUUCAGACUCCAAGCUUAUAAUCACGUCCUCCGCUGAUAAAAAUAUCAAAAUCUGGGGAUUGGACUUUGGUGACUGCCACAAAUCUAUCUUUGCUCACCAAGACUCGGUCAUGAAUGUCAAGUUUAUUGGUGACACGCACAAUUUCUUCUCGAGUGGCAAAGACGGACUUAUCAAGUAUUGGGAUGGUGACAAGUUUGAGUGUAUACAGAAGUUACCAGCGCAUCAAAGUGAAGUAUGGUGUAUGGCCAUUAGCAAGAAUGGGUUGUUCAUGUGCUCAACAUCUCAUGACCAUUCAAUACGUUUGUGGUCUGCUACAAGCGAUCAAGUGUUUUUGGAAGAAGAAAGAGAGAAGGAAAUGGAGGAGUUGUAUGAGAAUAAGUUGUUAGACCAAUUGGAUCAGGAGGAACCUGUUCAAAAAGAAGGCGAAGAUGAUGCAGAACAAGAAGAUGGAAGCGGUGAAGUUGAGAGAGUUGGUAAGCAAACCAUGGAGACUUUAAAAGCGGGUGAGAAGUUGAUGGAGGCGUUGGACAUUGGAAUAGAAGACUUGGAGGUAACAAGAGCCUAUGAGGUAGAGUUGAAAACGAACAAACAAACUGUCAGGCCGACUCCCAAUGCUAUUCUUCUUGCAUUUAGCAUGACGGGUCCAGAAUAUGUUCUUGAUACAUUGCUGAAGAUCAAACCAUCCCAACUUGAUGACGCCUUGAUUGUUUUACCAUUCUCGUACUGCUUGAAGUUGUUGCAAGUGAUGGAGGUUUGGACCAACAAGGAAAAUGUCUCCCAAAACAUCACAAAGUUGUCAUUGAUAAGCAAGGUCUUGUUCGAUAUUGUCUCUUCCAAUUCCAAGGAAUUAAUUCAUCAAAAGGACCCACGUAUUAAGAAUCAAUUGAUUGCGGUCAAGCAGCAGUUGCGAGAUAAUUUAUCGAAAACAUGCAAUACCUUAGGUGUCAAUACUCAGGGAUUACGGUUUAUCAAACAACAAUGGAAAUUAACCCAUUCGCAAGAGUUUAUUGACGAGGAAGAGCAAAAGGAAUAUGAAGAGAAAAGGGCAAUCAAGAGAGUAUAUAGAACGAUAUAA